CUGGCUGGAGGAGAAGGUGGAGAGCUGAUACCUCAAUCCUUCUGCCCCCUCAUUCCCCCACUGCUCCUUUCCCAAAGGGACCCAUCUGGAGACUCUCCCCGGCCACCUUGGUCUGGUGGGCGAGGAGGAGGAGGGCGGGAGGGGGUUCAGAGGUUCCCUUGGGCCCUCCUGUUCUCAGAAGGCCCUCCCCACUUCUUCUCAUUCCAAUAGCAGCCGGGCAGGGUCCUGGGUAGAGCUGAGGCGGGGCUGGGGGUGUGGAGGUGUGGCCAGCAGGCAGAGAGGAGUGACUGGCAUUGGAGGUGACUCUUCUAGGCUGCAGGAAGGUGACCUCCACUCCCCACCAAGGAGCAGCAGGGAGACCCACCAGGCUCUCCUUAGGCUGGCAGGCUUGGCGGGGAGUGAUUCAAAACUAUAGUGAUUCUGGGACGGCUGUGAUUGAUGUCAGGAUGGCUGUGAUUUCAGGACGGCUGUGAGUGCACAAUGAAAACACAAACAGGAGCCCUAUGGGUGCAGACACGGCCCGGUCCCGAUGCCCUAGACAAUGCCCAACCACAGACUGUUCUUCCAGCGAGCCAUGGCUGGGACGGCGCUGCUCCUUGCCCUCUGGCUCUUGGUCUCCAGCAGGGUCUGGGGUCCCGGGACGCGGUCCCUGAGGAGGGGCUUCCAGCCGCGCUCUGAGCUCACCAUCCUCAUCUGGCACUGGCCUUUUGGGAAGCCCUUGCCUCUGGACGGGGAUGUCUGUGCUCACUACGGCGUGGCCAACUGCCGGCUCAGCGCCAACCACAGCCUCCUGGGCCGGGCCAGCGCGGUGGUCUUCCACCACCACGAGCUCCAGGAAGGGGCCGUCCGGCUGCCCUUGGCUCACCGGCCUCUCGGGCAGCCCUGGGUGUGGACCAAUCUUGAAUCUCCAAGCAACACUCACGGACUUUCCCGCUAUCGCAACAUUUUCAACUGGGUCAUGACCUACCGGAGGGACUCGGACAUCUUUGUGCCCUAUGGAGAGCUGGUGCCCCGGGAUGGGGCGGCCCCCCCUGUGCCGGCCAAGAGCCGGACGGCCGCCUGGGUCAUCAGUAACUACCACCGGGCCCAGAAGCGGGUGCUGGUCUACAACCAGCUGUCCAAACACCUCCGGGUGGACGUGUUUGGCCGGGCCAACAGGAAGCCCCUCUGCCCUGACUGCCUCUUACCCGCCCUGGCCCCGUACCGCUUCUACCUGGCGUUCGAGAACUCUCAGCACCGGGACUAUAUCACGGAGAAGUUAUGGCGAAACGCUCUGAGCGCCGGGGCUGUGCCCGUGGCCUUGGGCCCUCCUCGCUCAACCUAUGAGGCCUUCCUGCCGGCCGACGCCUUCGUGCACGUGGACGACUUCGGCUCCGUCCGGGAACUGGCCGCCUUCCUGAAGGGCAUGAACGCCAGCCGGUACCAGAGCUUCUUUGCCUGGCGGGAAAGGCUGGCCGUGCGGCUCCACGGCGACUGGAGGGAGCGCUUCUGCGCCAUCUGCGCCCACUACCCCCGCCUGCCCCAGAACCAGGUCUACGCGGACUUGGAGGCCUGGUUUAAGUCGUGAUGUUUCGCUGCUAAUUCUUCCCCACCGCAGAGGUGCCGGGGAAAUGAAGGGCUGCCAUUGGGGCCUAGCAUCUGUCCCAGGGGGCGGCCCCUCUGGUUCCCCGGGGGUCUCUGGGCGAGGGCAGAAUGCAGGGCUGCCAUUGGGGCCUAGCCGCCUGUCCCAGGGGGCGGCCCCUCUGGUUCCCCGGGGGUCUCUGUGAGACCGUGACCUGACGUUGGGCCCAAACCUCUUCUCACCUGUUCCCCUUCUCCAGACGUAUCUUAAUAACCAGACUCCCCAAAAAUAAUACUCAGCUGAGGAGGGGGAGGACGGAUCACUGACUGGGUGGGUCAUUCCUUUCUGAUGCUCAAUUUCUCCAUCGGUGCCCAAAGAAGUUGGGGUGAGACCGGCUUUCCUGUCUCCCCCAGCUCUGAAUCCGGACCCUGCCCUUCUACACGUGUCUGUGUGUGUGUGCGCGCGCGUGUGAGGGGCAACGGGGUGGCCACGGUCACCAGCAUCUCUGUAACUGACGGACGUGGCUCACCAAUAAAACCUGGCCCCGGGUGUCAGGGUGCCAGGGACCUUUAAGAGAAGGCGGAUUCUCGGUAUGAGACAGAAACUGAUUCACCGGCGCCGUGUAAUGGUGAGGGAAACACAGCGUAGAAAUAAAACCUCAGCUCUUGAACUGGC